CAAAUGGGAUGUCCACUUCACUCGACUCAGCUUCGCGAGAACGCGCAAACUGACAGCGCGCGCAUAGAAUGCUGUCCGGCCGGAAGUCAGCACAUGAUACCCAGUUCCAGUUUACUGUUCAUCACAAACAAUUUCAUGUAUGAAAUAAUCAACGACCACUGCAGCCCUCAGUAAAUCCAAGCAGAUGAGAUAAGAGACAUUCAGAGGGCGAGCAAGAGGGAGAAAGAGAGACAGUAAAUAGCACAUGUUAAUUUAAUUGAGAAACAGAAGCUGAGAUUUAAGCCAAGGCGGCACACAUCACUAAACACACACACUCUCUCUAAACAACCUGUUGUCAUUUAAAAAAGAAGAAGAAGAAGCCCUGGAGGCUCCAUAUUGAUUGUCAUGGUUACAUCCUCUUUAAAAGCAGAUUAAUCACACAUGCCACGGCCACGAAAUGCAUGCAGAAAUCCCUAUCAUAUUGAAAUCGAGAUAGUGAGCUUAGUAGUCACUGGAGGGAAAACAUGAAUGAUGGAAGGACGGACAAAGACAGGAAAGGAAACGCAACCAAAACUGUCAAUCUGCAGGCUGAAUCCUUCAUGUGAUCUAUGAUCUCUCGCCCUCCCCUCCUUUUCCCCUUGCAUGGUGUUGCAUUUCAGCCUGUGGUACCCCUAGCUAUCAAAUAGGAUACAUGAAUGGGCUCUCGUCACUGAUUACGGAGAGACAGAGAGGUGGGGGAGCGGGUAGGUGGGUGGUACAGAUGCUGAGGGGAGAAUUGAGCGUUGGCGGGGGGUGGUGGGGUUCCUGUUAAUCUGUUGCACAGGACAACCUCUCGCUUCCAGCUUCCAGCUCUUGUGUUUCUGCCACAGCUCCUCUGAGCUUCAUAACCACAUGUUGCUGUGCUGAUUGACUGCAUUAACGUUCCUCCAGCUGCUUCUAUAUCUGUCGGUCUCUCUGCCUCCCUCCCAUCUUCGUUCCGCUCAGUUGUUGUGUUCACCUCCAAGAGGUAGAGAGCUUUUUGGAGUUGCAGCCGAUUAUUUUGGACAUCACUAAUGCAGAGAGAGAAUUGCGACCGCUGCAGAUGUGAGCCUUUUUAGGGAAACAUCACCUAUCGCCCCCUUCUCUGCAUGCGAGAAGCUGUACUGGACAGAACUACCAUCAUGCCUGGCCUGAUCAACAAGAGCAAACGGAGCGCUCUGCCUCUCAGUGUCUCAGACAUCGCUUCCUGUGUCAGGGGUUACACCCUGGCAAUGACGGCCUCCUUGACCUAUGAAAACAUUGAAGAUCACCCCGUCGAGGGAAUCUUUAUAUACCCUCUGGAUGAGUGCAGCGUGGUGGUCGGGUUCGAAGCGAUGAUUGGCAGUCAGAUAAUAACCGUGCAGGUCAAAGACAAAACGAAAAUCGAUGACUGUUACUUUGAUUGCUGCAAUGCCAAUGGAACCCCACAGAGUGGAGGUGGACAUAUCGUUUUGGAUGAGGAUCAGGAGAGGACAGUGCUGGUGGUCAGUCUGGGGGUCAUUCCCCCUCUGGAGACCAUUAAUAUACUGGUCAGCACGUCCUCGGAGCUCUGCACACUCCCUAACGGUGGAAUUCGGGUAACCUCACCACCCGUCUGCUCUCCAAGAGUCCAACGCUCUGUCAAAGAGGAGCAGGCGUUUUCGCCCAGCACUUCUAGGAGGAGGGAUCAGCAUCAUUGUGCACAGGGAGCACACGAGCAGACGGCCUCAGGUGUGUGUUUGGCUGCUCUGUUGGAGGAAGAGGCCAUCAACUCCAUUGACUAUGAGUUCAACUUCUGUCUUGAGAUCAGAGGACCGUAUUUACUCGCAGGUGUGGAGAGCCCCUCACAUGCCAUCCGGGCGGACGCGGACCCUUCGGCUCGCUCUGCCACCAGUAUUGUGGUCACACUGGCAGACAAGUACACCUACGACUGCCCUGUGGAGAUACUGAUCUACCCCAGUGAGCCCCAUCUGCCACACGUUCUCAUUGAAGACGGAGACAUGACGCCGGAGGAAUACGAUGAGCAUCUGAAAGGACGGAGCGACUACAUAAAGGCCACGAAGAAGGACUGCAGUAAUGAAAAGACAGUGGACAUCAUUCGGAAGAGGCUUCAUAAAGACAUCCUUCACAACCCCGUGGUCAUGCUCAACUUCUGCCCAGACCUCCGCUCGACGACCUCUGACCUACGGAGCGUCCAGGGGGAAUUCAUCUUCCUCAUUGACCGCAGUGGAAGCAUGAGCGGGGUCAACAUCAAUCGAGUUAAGGAUGCAAUGGUCGUAAUUCUGAAAAGUCUUUUCCCAGCAUGCUUAUUCAACAUAGUGGGCUUCGGAUCCAAGUUCAAAACGCUGUUUGCCACCAGUCAGAGCUACGAUGAGGAGAGCUUGGCGUUGGCUUACGAGCACGUGAAGAAGAUCCGGGCUGACAUGGGCGGCACAAAUAUACUGGCUCCUCUCAACUGGAUCCUACGGCAGCCCAUGCAGAAAGGCCAUCCUCGCCUGCUCUUCCUCCUGACCGACGGUGCCGUCAGUAACACGGGGAAGGUUAUUGAGUUGCUCCGCAGCCAUGCCAGGUUCACCAGGUGUUACACGUUCGGUAUAGGCCAGGCUGUGUGCAGGAGGCUGAUUUUAGGACUGUCCACCGUUUCCAGAGGCACAGCCGAGUUCUUGGCAGAAGGGGAACGACUGCAGCCCAAGAUGAUUAAGGCGCUGAAGAAGUCCAUGACAUCAGUACUGACUGACAUCUCCAUUGAGUGGCUGUAUCCAGAGACGAAGGAGAUCCUGCUCUCUCCAUUGGGCGCGACCUGUCUGUUCCCGGGUGACCGGCUGAUUGGAUACAGUGUGGUCUGUGAUACCUCCCGAUAUCACUCCAACCCCAAAUCAGACAAACGGAGACGAUACAGCAUGAUGCGUUCCAAUGAGUCCGCCAGUUCCGUGUUCUAUCACUCUCAAGAGGAGGAUGCUGGGAAGUUUUAUUGUGACGGUCAGGGGCCACACAGGGACAAUCAAGUCGGCUCGCUGUUUGACAGUUGCCAGGAGACCAUGUCUGAGAGCAGUCCUAUUGCCACAGAGCAAGACAUUACGGGAACUGACACAAGCACCUCUCCGAGAAGACGUGCUUAUAGCACCAAUCAGAUUGUAGAUUACAACCCAGUGAAGAAGGCCUACACCCCCAGUGACCCCAGCUCAGUGGUGGGGAAAAACCCUCUUAGACGAGCAAAAGUCCAGGAGCUCAUUGGUCAGACUCAUCCUGACUAUGGAGCUCAGUGGAAAAUGGACUACCAGCCACAGUUGGCCAGCCUGUGUGCCACGUCCUCAAGAGGACGUCCCAUACCUGCUCACAAACCUCCAGUGCAGCAACAAGAGGGUCUCCAGGGGGAGUCGAAGGCAGAUCAGACCCACCAUGGCCCCUCUGCACAGGGCCCCGUGGUGGAAGAUGGCUCCAGGUCUUCAACAGACAGCCCUUCUCUAGGCAGCACCGGCGAUGCGGAUGGAUACACACAUCAGCUUUGUGAAGUCGAAACGCCCCAAGAUCCUCACGCACCAGAAUUCAAGGCCAGUCACGGAAAGGGAGAUUGCAAAGCGGUUGUGUCAGGACUGCUGUGUGGGAAACCCAUGAAAUGGGAGUUGAUCUUUGACAUUCAACCUUUCCUAAAAGGUCGAGAACGGGAGGAAAAAGUUCACGAGGACCUGUGGAACGAAACCUUCCAUCACCUGGCAGGACGCUCCAUUAUUAAAGACUUUGAACAUAUGGCAGACAAAGAGUGUGAGAUUGAGCAUGGUUCUGGGAGAAGAUACCAGCUUUAUGCCAUCCACACGAGCAAAGCCUGCAACAUCUUGAGCAAAUACACAGCGUUUGUACCUAUCGAUCUGGACAGCAAUGAAUAUUUACCCACCUGCAUUGAGUACAGCCACGCUGGGGAGGAUCAUAAACGAAGUUCACACUGCAGUUCUCGUUCCGGCAGCAGGAAGACCCGUGGCUACUCUGUAGGUCUGGGUCGGUCACAGUCAGGAGGUUUGUCUGGGCAAGAUGAUGCAGCAUUAUCUUACAAUGUAGACGAUGGAUCCCAAUCCCCUAGCAAAACUCCCUCCUCCUCCAGUUGGGAACGAUGUAGCUCUUCCGAAGCCUCUCAAAGGAGUCCGUCUGUGACCUCCGACCACUCGCAGAGAUCAGUCGAGAGCCUUUUCUCUGCCAGCAAGCUGAGCCUGAGCAGGACGCGUCUGCUGACGAAAGCGGCCAGGGGCUUCAUGAGCCGGUCACAGAGCAAAAUGAGCAACUCAGUGGGAGAGAACGAAAAUGACAACAAGGACUACAUCCCUCUGGUGUCAUUGCAGCUGUCCUGUGGGGCGUUCGUGUUGGACAGUGCAUUGUGUGAUGCCAUCAACGUGCCCAUGGACAAGCUGAAGUGGACGUCGCCCUUUACCAGCCACAGAAUCAGCCUUACCCACGUGUCCCACUCCGGCUCCCGGCGCUCCGAGAGCCUGGAGGUCCACCGUGGAUCCUCACCUCCUCCAAAAGACUCAGACUUGAACUCUGAAUGUGAGGAGCUCAUUUCCCGCACGUCCUCAUCCUCUUUCCAGGCCCGAAGCCCUCGGAUGGAGGGCGAGCCCUCGUUGCUGGGCAGCUUCUCGUCGAUGUCGACCGAAGCCCCGCCCUCGCCCAUCAACUCAUUGUAUGACAGCGGACGGGGGUCUGAGUCCGAAAUUGCAGAGAUGCCCCUGUCUGGUUCCCCCGGGAGCCUGCAAAGAAGCGCGCAAGACCCCGAGGGGAUGGUGUGGGCCACUGCAGUAGCUCUGGCCUGGCUGGAACACAGCUCAGCCAGUUAUUUCAUCGAGUGGGAGCUGAUCGCGGCCAAAGCAAGCAUGUGGCUAAAUGAACAGAUCAUCCCAGAGGGCCGAGACCUGGCGUCGGUCAAAGCCGCAGCCAAUCAACUCUUCAUCAUCCUCAGACACUGGGACGAAAACCUGCAGCUCAACAUGCUCUGCUACAACCCCAACAGCAUGUGAGUCCUUAUAGGGUAGGGACUAAACUUCAAACUAUGCUAAACGAGAGUUUUACUCUCCUUGAUUUGUUUUAAUGUUUAUUGUGUGGGUUUUUAGUUUUAUGAAUAGAAAUCGUAUUUCAUUACCAUCCACCCAAAGGCCAGAAACAUACUUUGCGCAGAUAUGUAGACGCAAGCUUCCUAUUGUACAUAUGUAACUUGCGUUCUUGCAUUAAUGUGGAAGUAACAAACCUGUAAAAGACCGUAUCCACCUCAGAGUAAAGCCCGGUUCACAGCGAUUAAGCAACAUGAUCCCAUUCAUUUCAACAGAGAGCUGGCAAUUUCUGGCGACACGAGCGAUAGUGACCAUUGGCAACAGGAUGUAGGCAUGAACAGCGACUUGACAAAUUAUGUUUAACUUUAAGCAAAUGAAGAGCGACUUUCGAGAACGACAACUAAUAGGAGUGAAGUCAGAUGGAGAAGUUAAUUUUAGCAGUCAGCAACUUCCCUAUAAUUGGUAAAGAGCACUUGCUGUUUCUCGUUCAUCUUUAAUAUUAAGCAUAUUAUAGUAUAGUAUUAGUAUUUUCCCUCCUUCCUGAUUUGUUGUCUACAACAUGGAAUUACAUUUGUGAAUAUCAUUCACAAGCAUGGCUAAGCAACCAGUAGCGGGAACGCCCACUAGCGAGUUACAAAAAUUACAAAUUUAUUAUCAAAUUUACAAAAAUGUUUUUAAUAGUUUUAAUUAAAGGGAUAGUUCACUCAAAAAUGAAAAUUUUAUGUUUAUCUGUUUACCCCCAGGG